AUGCUGUUCACUGGGCAGCGUUUCGUCCCCGUUGAGGGCCAAAGUGAUAAGGCUGUGUGCCUCGCUGAGAUCAACGGUGCUCGUGAAGCCGCUGGACUCCCACACUUCACAGCGGCCGAGAAUAAAGAAAUAUGGCCUGGAACAGAAGAAGGAGAUAACACCCACUGGGAUCCUGUUUGUGAAGCCCUAAUAGCAAAAGAUGCAGAAGGCGCAAAAGUAGAGAAAACAAGUGCAAAUGGAUUCAAGAGUGGCACAUAUGCCUUUAUGGCCUUGGAGUCGGACACGCCUGACUGCACCGCCGCAGUUGACCACUGGAAGGACGCCGUCAGCAACUUCACCUCAGUCCCUCCACCGAAAACUGGAGAAGAGGAACCCUACGAUAAACAACAUAACAUCUCUUUUGUUGCUAUGUUCAACCCUUCAGAGAAUGCAAGUUCUGCCUCUGUUGUUGCCCCGAAUUUGCUUGUCUUUGCUAUUGCGGCCAUCGGUCUGGCUGCCCUUUGA